CUGAACUAAUCGGGUCUUUUUAGCAGUGCUGAGUUGUUUCCCAGGCUCAGGGCAUCUCUGAGACUGCGCUAGAGGAACGGCAGCAUGACGACCCGUCUGAAGAAGAACAGGAAGAAAAGGGGACAUGUGAGCGCUGGUCAUGGGCGUGUUGGCAAGCACCGCAAGCAUCCUGGAGGUCGAGGUAAUGCUGGAGGUAUGCACCACCACCGGAUCCUGUUCGAUAAGUACCAUCCAGGAUACUUCGGCAAGGUCGGUAUGCGGUACUUCCACAAGACGAUGAACAAGUUCCACUGUCCCAUCGUGAACAUCGAUAAGUUAUGGUCGUUGGUGCCUGAGGCCGUGAAGGAGAAGGCUGAUGGAGACAUGAGCGCACCUCUCUUGGACGUUACCCAGCACGGGUUCUUCAAGGUGCUUGGCAAGGGUGACUUACCGUCUCAGCCUAUGGUUGUGAAGGCCAAGUUUUUCUCCAAGCUUGCGGAGAAGAAGAUCAAAGUGGCCGGCGGUGCUGUCAUCCUGACUGCUUAGAUUUACAUGUGCGAGGUUUAUUUGCGGGAUGUGAGGAGGGCCGUAGCAUUGACUUGGUGGUUAAUAGCGUCACCUGAAAUGAACUUCCUGUUUUUAGGAACGGCCGCACACUUGUUUCAUUCUCCUUCUGAGGAUUUUGCUUAUGGAACGAAAGGAUUACUCUCGAAAUUUUUAGGCUGGUGGAAAUCACAGCUAUUUCAUCAA